UACACACUUUGAAUGGGCUUGUAAACAAAAUGAAAUUCGGCAAAACAUUUGAGAGUCAUUUAACAAGUGAAUGGCGCCAGCAAUACAUCAACUAUGUGGAACUAAAGGCAAUGAUACGUACUGCAGUUGAGAAUGCGCCCGAUUCGAGAAACAAAAGCGUAUACGAAAUCUAUUGUCUGGACUUUAAGGAUGAGUUCUUCACAAGACUAACGGCCGAGCUGAAGCGAGUGAACGAGUUCUUUGAGUAUAAAAUGGCCGAGGCGCGACGCAAACAUGCCACAUUUAAGGUCAAACUACUCUACAUGACCGCUCACGCCGGCGAGAAGCCUGCGGGCGUUAUACCGGGUCUCCCACCACUGGCCGAUCAGCCUCGGAAUGUGCGCAAACUGGAACGCGCCUAUAGCGAGUUCUACUUUAGUCUGGUGCUGCUCAACAAUUUCCAGCAACUGAACUACACGGGCUUUUACAGGCUGAGCGAAAAAUGUGACAAGUAUUUCAAGCCCCCGACUGGUGUACGGUGGAUUCGGACGUAUCUGGACACCGCCUCCCUUAGCCUGGACGGAGAUGAGCUACGUGGCAUGAUCAUUGAUGUAGAGAAUAUAUACACACAAUAUAUAGCUCAAGGUGAUCGGGCCAAGGCAAUGCAAAAGCUGAGAGUGCCGCCCUUGGGUCAAUCCACAUCACCGGGUUAUGUCUUCUCGGCGGGCGUAUUGUUGGGCCUUUUUCUAGUCUCAGCUGUAGUGUGCGUUAUAUCUGCCUUCACCAUGGUCAACAAUCCGGAAGAGUUCUCAACCUUCACACGCUUAUACCGGGGUCCAUUUUCAUUGAUGCUCUAUAGUUUCUGCUUGGUCGGCAAUGUCUAUGUUUGGCAGAGCGUGGGAAUCAAUCAUGUGCUCAUCUUUGAGCUGAAUCCACGCAAUCAAACGGUCCCUGUAAAGCUUCUCAGCACAGCCAGUUUCUAUAGUUAUAUCUGCACCCUGUCCAUGCUGAUGUUUAUACAUUACAAGGAAUUUGGUGUCAAGGAUUCCUUGUAUUUUCCAUUAAUUGGACUGUUGCUGCCGCUGGUAUUACUUGUCAAUCCCAUACCCAUUCUGAAUUAUCCGGCUAGAAUAUGGAUUUUGAAUUGCUUUGGACGCAUUCUGGCUGCUCCUUUUCGUUAUGUGACCUUUGCGGACUUUUGGCUCGCCGAUCAGAUGAACUCCAUGGUGCAGUGCAUGGUGGACUUUUAUCAGCUGAUUCGUUUCUAUAUUCGCUACACCUUCAAUACCGGGAAUACCUUUGAUUUUGAGCCGGACUUUGUGGUACCUGUGCUGCGUUGCCUGCCCGCCUGGUUCCGCCUCGCCCAAUGCCUGAAACGCUAUUGGGACAGUCAAGCCAAGCCAAUUUCAUAUUUGGUGAAUGCUUUUACCUACGGCUCCACGCUGAUUGUUGUCAUCAUCUCGACCGUACAAAUGGAGACAAGUCAUAAGUAUGCUCAGUUAUUUGAAAAUCCUUGGACUUGGGGCUAUAUAAUUAGCGCGUUCGUAUCAACUAUUUACUGUACUUCCUGGGAUAUAUUACAGGACUACGGCUUGUUUAGGGUCUGGAAAGGCAGAAAUAUGUUUUUGCGCGAACGACUUGUCUACCCCAAGAGUUUUUACUACUUUGCCAUUAUUGCGGAUAUCUCGAUACGUUUCUUUUGGCUUCUGGAGCUAUAUUUAGUAUCCAAUAAUUUGGUAUUGCCCUAUAAUUGCAAGACAUUGUCCAGCAUUUGUGAGAUAGCACGACGAUUCAUCUGGAAUUUUCUGCGAUUGGAGAAUGAGCAUUUGUACAAUUGCGGCAAUUAUCGGGCGACACGUGAUAUAUUUGUUUCGGCCUUAAGUUCCCGUGAUGAAUUGCUCGUCAACUCUCUGGUGGAUGAAUCGAGACGUAAUUCGCUAGCAUCGCGUCGGGAAUUACAUCUGGAUAAUCAUACUCACUAGAGUAUGAAAUUUCUGUGUAGGUGGUUUUAGUCUAUUCGAACUUGAGCUCAAUUACUGCUCAAUCUCUUAGCACUUUUAUUCCAAGCCAAUUUGCCCGCUCCACAAGCGCAACAAUUGAGAGUCAAUGAAGCGUUUACCGUACCCAAACUCAAACCAGAGCAGCCGGAGGAGUCUGAGCUCUAACAAUCGAAUAAUCUGUUUUCUUCGAAGCCCUCGUAUAUAAAUUGAAUAAAAUUAAUUUCACAUUUACGAAAUUAAAACCACAAAUGGAAUUAUAAAUUCAACACACAGGACAUGGCAGAAGUUUGCGACCAGCCGAAGUCGAAAACAAGCGUGCUCUGAUUGAGGCUGCUCGACUAAAAGAUACUCUGUGUAACACUUGAUAUUUAUGGUCUUUCAAGAAACGAAAACGAGAAUUCCCAUCACAAAUUUGAAGUCUAAAGCCUGAUGAAGGACAUUGAUGUCUUAUUUUAUUAUUUCUAUGUUAUAUGCAAUUCCACAACUUCAUUAA